UAGCAAAGUUUCCUGAUGCUUCUGGAGCAAAACUUGAUUACCGCUGAUAUGCAGAAACACUCUUUGACAUUCUGGUGGCCGGUGGAAUGCUGGCCCCAGGUGGUACACUGGCAGAUGACAUGAUGCGUACAGAUGUCUGUGUGUUUGCAGCACAAGAAGACCUAGAGACCAUGCAAUCAUUUGCUCAGGUUUUUAACAAGUUAAUCAGGCACUACAAAUACCUGGAGAAGGGUUUUGAAGAUGAAGUUAAAAAGCUGCUGCUGUUCUUAAAGGGUUUUUCAGAGUCGGAGAGGAACAAGCUGGCUAUGUUGACUGGUGUUCUUCUGGCUAAUGGAACACUUAACGCAUCCAUUCUUAAUAGCCUUUAUAAUGAGAAUUUGGUUAAAGAAGGGGUUUCAGCAGCUUUUGCUGUAAAGCUCUUUAAAUCAUGGGUAAAUGAAAAAGAUAUCAAUGCAGUAGCUUCAAGUCUUUGGAAAGUGAGCAUGGAUAACAGACUGAUGGAACUGUUUCCUGCCAAUAAACAAAGUGUUGAACGCUUCACAAAGUAUUUUACUGAGGCAGGCUUGAAAGAGUUUUCACAGUAUGUUCGGAAUCAGCAAACCAUAGGAACUCGUAAGGAACUCCAGAAAGAACUUCAAGAACAGAUGUCCCGUGGUGAUCCAUUUAAGGAUAUAAUUUUGUAUGUCAAGGAGGAGAUAAAAAAAAACAUCCCAGAACCAGUUGUCAUCGGAAUAGUAUGGUCCAGUGCAAUGAGCACUGUGGAAUGGAACAAAAAAGAGGAGCUUGUAGCAGAGCAAACCAUCGAGCACUUGAAGCAAUACAGCCCUCUACUUGCUGCCUUUACAACUCAAGGUCAGUCUGAGAUGACUCUGUUACUGAAGAUUCAGGAGUAUUGCUAUGACAACAUUCAUUUCAUGAAAGCCUUCCAGAAAAUAGUGGUGCUUUUUUAUAAAGCUGAAGUUCUGAGUGAAGAACCCAUUCUGAAGUGGUAUAAAGAUACACAUGUUGCCAAGGGGAAAAGUGUCUUCCUUGAGCAGAUGAAAAAUUUUGUAGAGUGGCUCAAAAAUGCUGAAGAAGAAUCUGAGUCUGAAGCUGAAGAAGGUGACUGAAUUUGAAACUACACCCUCAGUAAAGCAAACAGGAAUUGUAGAUAAAAUGUCAUGUCUCAUGUGUCCUGGAUCUUACAUCUUCCUACCUCCCUAUAUCAAGCAUGAUAUAAGGGCUUUCAUGGCAAAUUUUAUUUUAACUGUUUCUAUGGUUACUGGAAAUGUUGGAUUUAGUUUCUAAAACCAUGUUUUAAGUAGCUACAGGAGCUAUAGAUUUGAAUCUAAUGUUGCAUUAGUCUUUUCAGUUAUCUUCUACCUCCUGUAUUUUCUACUGUAAUAAUGUAAUUUAAGGCCUUCCACAAUGAACAGUUCACUUUUUCCCUGGGUUUUCUAUAUAAACAGUUUUCAAGAUAUGAUUUGGUUAAAAAUAAUUUGUUAUAAAAAUUCUGUUUGCAAAUUAAACUGUAAAAGUAUCCAGAGUCUCAGAA